GUGAAGAUGCUUUGUUGCCAACACCUCAGAAUAUCUCUAUUCUUUCUACCAACAUGAAACACUUCUUAACUUGGAGUCCUGUGAUUGUCCAAGGAGAAACUGUGAGAUACUCCGUUCAGUUUCAGGGGGAGUAUGAACGAGAGUAUGCCAACGAGAGCUGGAUCCCCAUCUGCGAGUGCUCCCUCCUGGCCACCACGGCGUGUGACAUCACAGAGGACAUUUCAGCCACCGUGGCCUACAGCCUGCGUGUGAGGGCACACCUUGGUGCUGGCAGAUCAGAGUGGGGCACCCUGAAAGGUUUCUUCAAUCGCAUCACAACUUCCCUGACCCCACCACUGAUGAAGGUCAUAGCAGAUGGGUAUCAUUUACUAGUGGAGCUGGAAGACAUGGGGCCUGCCUUUCAGUUCUGUAUUCUCUAUUGGAAGAAGGGCCAGGAGAGUAGGGUGCAGCAGAAGGUGGUGCAAGAGGUCAGGUCUGUGGUUCACCUGGCCACCAUGGAGGCAGGACCUGAUUACUGUCUAAAAGCUCAGACCUACGUCGAGGCCAUCAACAGGAGCAGCAGCUUCAGCCCGACGCAGUGCGUGAGGGCACCAGGUGGCACAUCCACAUGGCUGGUUACUGCCCUCAUCUCCUGUGCUGGCUUUGCUGUGGCUGGGUUUGCCCCCCACGUCCUCCCGAAAACACGUAAAAUCUUCCAGUAUUCCUGCGGCCCUGCUAUUGUCCUGCCAGACACACUGAAAGUAUCAGAGCACCCCAUCCAGCUGAUACAGUGUGGUGGUGAAGAAGCUGAGCAGUGUGAUUUGAUGGUGUGUGUGAUACCCUCAGAAGAAAUUCUCCAACUGUGGAUUCAAGAAACACUUUAG